AUGACUUCACCAAAAUCAUCAACUACGCGUCGCGUCUUGGGGGAUCUCAAUAUCAAUACUUCUGUCACUGAUAGCAAUCAUGAAGCCCUGGGAUGGCUAUGGCGAGAUAAAAAGAUUCAGAAAGUAUUUUCUAGUAACCAGCGGACCUGCCCCGGAAACGUUCCACUUGACCCCUCGCAAGUGGUGGGAAAUUCGACAACGAAAUUACAGCGGGAAAAUUGGGAGGAGACGAACACGAGUACGGGUUCCCGAGUUGCAAAUAUGGAAGGGGCAACGAAUCAAGAUAACGUUUAUCAAGGCUUGGAGGCUACCACAAUCAACGGCGUUGACAUUUCAAUUGCUGAGCGGGCCUCCUUGGUUAGCUCCAAGAGACGCUUGUCAUGUCCUGUACAAUCACAAGACGUUGUAUCGAGCCGACCGGGAGAAUCCCGUGCGAAGCGCCGCAGAAUUGCACCAUCAUCGGGAAACUCUUCGCUGCUUGAAGAGUCUGGCGCAGGUGUGGGUUUGUUCCCGCAAUCUACGUCGUUGCAACCCACAUCGUCACCAGCCAGAGACCCAGGUCCGGAGGCGAAAGCGUGUGACGAGAGAGUUGGAAUAACAGAUGAGUCGAGUGAUUUGGGGAGUGGCCAAGAACAAGAAAUGUCACCAAGGACACUUCAUAAACAGUUUUCCCCAAAACGCUCUUCCAUAUCUGCUUCUUCGUCAUCAUCUUUCCAUUCCGUAGUAAACGCAGAAGACGCAGUUAUCAUCUGCAAUAAUUCCCAAUCUACCGAAAGUAUCAUAUCCAACAAAUCAUCUUUCACACCUACAACUAUACCCACUGCUAUACCCACUGCUAUAUCCACUCCAAGAACUUUCCGAACCUCUAAAUCAAAAUCUCUAUCACGAGUAGAAAUCCGUCAAAAAUCCCAAGCGCUACGUCUCCGUCUUUCCCUCGCCAACUAUAAAGUAAAAACAAAUCAAAUCGAUCUCCCUCUUUCACGUCUACAAGUGCGUUCUACAUCACCAAAACUUCCUUCGCUUGCUCGUCUUCGCAGAUAUUCUUAUGAGAAGAGCAUGGGACGAACACCACUUCCUGGUGCGCCUAGUAUGGACACUGGAAGAGAAGCAGUUCCAUUUAUUAAGAUACAAGCUCCUGGUUCUGCAAAUAAGAAUGCAAGUGUAUUUGUCCGAGAGAAACGAGCGGAGAGAGAGAAUGGUGGUGAAAAUAUCAAUAUUCCUUCUAGUCCUCCUUUGCCCGCAAGAGAAUUGGAUUCAUUAUCGAGAAGAGAUUCUGCUAUUUCGUGCACUUCUUUUGGCUCCAACUCUCAUUCGAAUUCUGGUUCGAGCUCGGGCUUAGGCUCGGGUCAUGCACAUCCUCUUACUCCCAUUCACAAUACCACUUCCAAAUUUAAUUCCAAAUCAAAAGAAAGUAACACAAAAAUGAUAAUCAACAUCGAGCAAGAAGUCGCAAGAAGGAAAUACGAAAUGAUAGGUGGUAAGGAAAAUAUCAAAAUGCAAAGAACCCCAAUUUUGGAGAGACAAAAAAUAGGACUUGCAAAUCCACCGAUGAUUUUUGCGCAGCCGGAAGAGGAGAGGAAUGCGUGUGAAAGGGAAAGAAGUCCGGAGUCAUCGAGGAGAGCAGCGGAUGGAUUGGUGAGGUUGAAAUUAUUGAGAUAG